UCCCUCCUCCUCCUCGGUCUUCAUAGUCCAAAACAAACACGUCUCAGAUAAGGGGGACAAGUUCGACCCUCCCGUGGGCAGUGCCUGCUAAAAACCUCUCAACGUGAAACUGUUUAUAUCCAUUCACGGGACUGUCACUCUCACGUUGCGACGCUCUGACUGCGUGGAAGCUGGGACAAACUCUUCUGUGGAAUUAUAACGCUGAUGGGACAUGGCCGUGGCUUCUACAUCAGCUUCAACCGGACUAGCGAUGGCGUCCAACUCUGAGCUCUCCCGCCUCGGCGGCAUCGAGGCAUUGAAACUGGCGGUGGGACCGGCCCGGAGGAACCUCUUCGGCCCCGUGGACCACCAGCAGCUGCAGAAGGACUUCCAGAGGCUGCUCUGCAUGAACGUGGAGGUGGCCAACAAGCGCUGGAACUUUGACUUCCAGAGGGACACUCCCGGGGAGGAUGGCUCCAGCGUGGAGUGGGUGGGGCUCAGGUGCCAGGACGUGCCGUCGUUUUACCACAGCUGCACGCUGCGGCCCGCGUCCAGGGCGGCGAAGGCCGCGCGGCGGGCGUCGACGUCGUCCGGAGAAGGCUCCCCGAGGUCCAGCAGCUCGUCUGGGGACGAAUACCUGGAGGUGACCACCAGGGGGUGCUUUCACAUCAAGCUCUCAGGGAAGCGCAGACAGUCUAACAUCACAGAUUUUUUUAAGGUGAAGAAAAGGAAGCUUCUGCAUAACAAAGCGUCCUCUCGGCAAUAGACGCCAAAGAUCACAGAGUGGAUCCUCCGCAGAGAUCACAUGUACAUAUGUAGCAGCCUGUAAGUGACUGUCCACAACAUGCCUGGGAUUCAGAAACGUCCACAAGCCUCCAACAUUCAGCACAAUGAAGCUACUUUCUUCCUGUAGAAUCAAGUACAAACUCUAGAGACAUUUUCUGAGGAGAAUUCUAUAUAAAUAUAUAUAUAUACUGUAUAUCUGCAGUUUUACUCAGCUUUGAUUAUACUGUGAAAUCCCUCUGAAUGCACUCAAACUACAUCCCAGAGACUCCCAUCCUCGGAGGUUCAUUUUCCUCUCAAAUUGACCUCAGUGCCUGUUUUUUAUUAUUAUUAUUUUUUCGUCCCUCUUGCUACAAGCCAUCAGAGGCUCAACCCGCCCACGCCAGGCGCGCGCUCCGCACUCCGGCUACGGUUUCACCCCAGGGCUCCAAAGGCCUGAGUUGAACCGCAGGUCAAAGCUGCACUCGGGUUCAAAACCUGGCGACCGCCUCCAGGUUAAAAGGUCGACCUUGGAGGCGGAGCCACUGAGGUGGUGUGGCUGUGAAGCUCAGUUCGGAGUAAUGAUGAGAUUUAUUUAUUGUUUUAUUUUGAAAGAUAGAAGGUCAAAGAAUAAUACAGAGUAAAAUAAAAGCGUGAAACGAGGUAAAUUACAAAGCCCCUAAAUUCCACCUCUAAUAGAAGUUUUGACUCCAGAAUUGCCAUUUAAAAGUAGCAGACAGAACCGAGAAGUGUGUAUAAACUGUACUAUACGCCGCUUUUAUUUUGUAUUUUUUUUGUUUUUUGUUGCAUGACCAGGUGUAAAAAUCUUUUUUGCGCUUUUGACAAUGUAGCAUUUUUUAUCCUCAAUUUUAUUGUUUUAUUUUGAAAAGACCUCUUUACUUCCUGCGUUCGUUAAGCUCCAGGCGGCUUAAGUCAAUCCGUUUCUCUGCUGUUGAAUCGCUUCACUGUUUCAGAGAUCACAUGCGGCUCCUCAGAGGAGGAGUUUUAAGCUUUUCAUUCUUUUAAUUUGUGAGUCAAUUAAACUCAGACUUUUUCCAGCAUUUCUACCUCAUAAAGUGAUUCAGUUCAACUACAAUAAAAAAAGUCGGUGCAGCUCAGGAUGUCGGUAAAAUUCGGGGUCCCUCUCCAACCGUUAGACGCCGACUCACUUCAGAACAACAGCAGUGGCGGGAAAAGGAGGUGAAAACUUCAAUAAAAUCCCCUAUCAUGAGAAAAUACCUCCCUCCUCCUCCCAGCCGGACAAAUGUCAGACUUCUUUAACGUCUUCCUGUGUCUUUGUUACCCAUCAUCCUCUGCUUCUGUGGAACAGAGUGUUAGCUGUGUUUAGACUUUUGAAAAUCACAAACGUUGUUUGUCUGUUUCUACGGAGCCCUGAGCAUGACAUAAAAAAGUAUGUGUUCCCUUAAAUAAAUAUUUGUGGCCACAUAUUAGCACUUUAUUAGCUCAAAUUAGCAUUUUUGGACCACAAUUUAGCAUCAUGGCCACAAAUUAACAUUUUGUGUACACAAAAAUUGUUUUUUUGGGGGAAAAUUUAGCAUUUUGCAGACACAGAUCAGUAGUUGUGGACACGUAUUAGCAUUUUUUAGGGGAAAAAUUAGCAUUUUUUAUAUAAAUUAGUAUUUUAUGAGCAAAUGUAUCUUUUUAAAGGCACAAAUCAGUAUUUGUGGACACAAAUUAUUUGUAGUUGUUGAAGAUACUAAAACAUCCCAAUGCUAAUAAAGUACUGCUUUGUGCUGCCAAAUGAUUCAUUUGAGGGAAUCAUUUUUUGAAAUGUCCUUUCCAGGGCUCCGUAGUUUUACCAUUGUUUGUGUUAUCCUCUUCCCAGUGUUUCUUGUUUUCAUCAAACUGUAUUUUUGUCCAGAACUAAAGUCUUUGCACUACUUUAAAGUGGACUAAAGAACUGUUUUUGUCAAGUUUGCAAAAACAAAUCAUAAAUUAGAAACUUUUUUUUCUCUCAUCUUACACUUUUCUGUUUUUUUUUUAAUCUUCCUCAACUCGAGGAAAACUAAAGACAAAAUUACAAAGUUUGCAGCUAUAUCAAAGUUUAUUAUUUGUACUUUGUAUACGCAUGAAUGUAUUAUACUUGCAGACAAAUUGUAAUUUAAUUCUGUAUAUCGAUGGUGCAUUCUAAAAGUUGUAUAAUUGUUAUAUUCCUUUAUAACAUUUGUUUUCUUGUAAAGAAAAUAAGGCCUUUGUUUGGGUUGUUGGUGCACUGUUGCCGUUUGUGUUGAUUUCACAUGGUGUGCUUAAAUAAAAUAUUAAACUUUA